AAAGACGCGGGCUCCGCCCACUACGGAGGGCGAAGGGGGCUGCCCGAGGGGGGCCGUUCCCUGGCUUCUUCCGCCAGACCUUACCAAUCGCCGGCCCGGCAAAGCUGGCAUUCUCCUCUAAUGAAGAGCUUUUCUUCACCACCUGGGGAUGAUUGCUGAUUACAGGUCUUCCUAAAAAGGAUGGCUGCUCUUCUUCUAAAGAGGCUCACAUUACAAACCAUAAAGACUGAAAAUAAUUGCAUUAGUAGGUGUCUUGGUAAAUACAUCCUGCACAAGACCAUACCAGCGCAGCUGUCCCUUGGAGCUUCUGUCCCAAGACUGUCCUACCUGAUUCAUGCAAAAGCUUUCAGUACUGUUGCAGACGCCCAGGAUGAAGCAAAGAAGAAGAAAAAGAGUGAGCCAGCUUUUAGCAACAUUGGCAGAAAAAUUCACGAGCGAGUCAUUCACGUGCUGGAUGAGGCAGGCAAUGAUUUGGGAAACAUGCACCGAGCAGACGUGAUCAGGCUCAUGAAUGAGCGGGACCUGAGGCUCGUUAAACGGGACAGCGGCGUGGAACCUCCGCAGUACCAGCUCCUGACGGGGGCACAGAUUCACAAGGAGCAACUGAGACUUCGGGAAUUGGAAAAGGCCCGCCCCAAACCUGGACCUACCCUGACAAAGGAACUCACUUUUUCUUCAACUAUUGGACAACAUGAUUUGGACACAAAGAAUAAACAGAUUCAGCAGUGGAUUGAGAAAAAAUACAAAGUUCAAAUUACCAUAAAAAAAGGGAAGAACACAGAGGAGCCAGAACAUAAGAUGGAGGAGAUCUGUAAUCAAAUACUCCAGACUAUGCCUGGAAUAGCUACCUUCUCUUCCCGGCCACAGCCUGUUCGGGGAGGAAAAGCUGUAAUGUGUGUUCUUCGUCAUUUGAGCAAAAAGGAAGAGAAUGCGUAUAGAGAAACUCAAGGAACCCAGAAAGAAGACACUCUGAACAAAGAAAACAGAAACAAUCAAGAAUCAGAUGUUGUGCAUCAGUGAUUUUAAUAAAGAAAAGUGUGCUUCUGAG